AGGGACACUGAGAGGAGGGAGGGAGGGAAAGGGAAGAGAGAGAGAAGAUGAAGCUGUUCUCCGAGGCCCACAAGACGGUGUUUGUGGUGGAUCACUGCCCCUACAUGUCCGAGUCCUGCCGCCAGACAGUGGAGUUUGACAUGUUCACCAAGAACCGGGCCCCCGGCAUCAUCCCCCUGGCCCCCAUCUCCAAGUCCCUCUGGACCUGCGCCGUGGAGUCCGCCAUGGAGUACUGUAGGAUCAUGUACGACAUCUUCCCAGCCAGGAAACAGCCUGCAAUGAUAAACAAUAUGAUGUCAGCACCUCGAGACCACAAGUUGCUCACAGUUGCUCCAAAGCAAUUAAUGGGUUCCACCAGGGUAAAUUUCAUUGUAAGUGACUCAAGAGCACAUACCCUGAAUUCUUGGAGUCAAGAAGAUCAGAACUUGCAGGAGCUGAUGGCAGCUUUAGCAGCUGUGGGCCCUCCCAACCCUCGCAUGGACCCAGAGUGCUGCAGUGUGCUACAUGGCUUAGUUGAGGCAGUGGAAGUCCUGUGUAAAUGUACAGAUUAUCAGCAUGAAGCUCGUACCACCCUAAUGGAGAAUGCAGACCGUGUCAGCAACAGGGGCCGCAUCAUCUGUAUAACUAACGCCAAAAGUGACAGCCAUGUCCGAAUGCUGGAAGAUUGUGUCCAAGAGACGAUCCAUGAGCACAAUAAGUUGGCAGCGAGUUCUGAUCACUUAAUGCAGGUUCAGCACUGUGAGCUGGUCUUAAUCCACACCUACACUGUGGGAGAAGAUAGUAUGGUUUCAGAUCGUCCCAGGAAAGAUAUUUCUUCGGUCUUAACAAGUGAAGUGCACAGUGUACGGGCUGGAAGGCAGUUACCCGCAAAACUCACCACACUUGUCCAGCAGCACUUUGAUCUGGCUUCAACCACAAUCACUAAUAUCCCUAUGAAGGAAGAACAACAUGCAAAUACAUCUGCAAAUUAUGAUGUGGAGCUUCUUCAUCAAAAAGAUGCUCACACUGAACUUUUAAAAAAUGCCAAUCAAGAGCCAAACAUAUGUGGGUCCUAUCUCCAGAACGGAGGGCAGAGGCACAGUAAGAAAGAAGGCAAGACCAUUGCAGCGCUAACAUGUGAUCCCCAUAUUGUGUGCAGUAAUAGUCGAGAUGGUCCGGUCAAAGACACAGUCACAUUAAAGUGGUGCACUCCCCGCACCAAUAACGUUGAGUUACAUUAUUGCACAGGAGCAUAUAGAAUUUCACCUGUCGAUGUAAACAGUCGACCAUCUUCUUGCCUUACAAACUUUUUACUAAACGGUCGUUCGGUUUUGUUGGAGCAACCACGAAAAUCAGGCUCCAAAGUGAUUAGUCAUAUGCUUUGCAGUCACGGUGGGGAGAUUUUCCUGCAUGUUUUGAGCUGUUGCCGGUCUAUCCUCGAGGAGCCGCCUUCGAUCAGUGAAGGGUGUGGAGGGAGAGUGACAGAUUACAGGAUUACGGAUUUUGGAGAGUUCAUGAGGGAAAACAGAUUAGCUCCUGUGCUGGAAACCAGGUAUAUGAUGGACGGGAAUGUGGAAGUCCCCCUGGAGAGGGCAAAGUGUCAGCUGGAGAGACACACACGCUACUGGCCGAUGAUCAUAUCUCAGACAACCAUCUUCAACAUGCAGGCCGUGGUUCCUUUAGCGAGUCUGAUAGUGAAGGAAAGUCUGACUGAAGAAGAUGUUCUUAACUGUCAAAAAACUAUUUACAACUUAGUAGAUAUGGAAAGAAAAAAUGAUCACCUACCCAUUUCAACAGUUGGGACUAGAGGAAAGGGAUCUAAAAGAGAUGAACAGUACCGUAUCAUGUGGAAUGAGUUGGAGACCUUGGUGAGAGCGCACUUGAACAACUCUGAGAAGCACCAGCGGGUGCUGGAGUGCCUGUUGGCCUGCAGGAGCAAACCUCCCGAAGAGGAGGACCGCAAGAAGGGCAGGAGGAAGAGAGAAGACAAAGAAGAUAAAUCCGACAAAGCCAUGAAAGAUUAUGAGCCGGACAAAUCCUGGCAGGAUUCUGAGCGAUUAAAAGGAACACUGGAACGUGAAAAAGAGGAGCUGGUGGAAGCUGAGAUCAUCAAAGAUUCUCCCGAUUCCCCAGAACCACUGAACAAAAAACCUCGGGUCAGCAUAGGGGAAAUUCAACCAAUAGAGAAAGUUAAAGGGCCAAUGUCCUUACUGGCUAUGUGGACUAACCGGAUCAAUACAGCCAAUUCAAGAAAGCAUCAGGAAUUUGCUGGGCGUUUGAGUUCAGUUAACAACAAAGCUGAACUGUACCAGCACCUGAAGGAAGAGAAUGGGGUGGACGCACAUGAAAAUGGUAAAGCUAGCCGACAGUGAAGGGAAAUGUCACGAUGAGAUGCCUGAAGGAGUUCUAGGUUAAUUGUGACGCUGUGUGUAAAAAGUCAAGUGUGGAAUUCCUGGGAAGGAUCCAAGAUAAAUGUUUUACCUUCGACUUUGCAAAAUGCUUCUGUUGAACUGAACUGCAGAGAAAAGUAAAGAUUGUGACUCCAUUUUGUGUAAGAAAACCCAGCAGAACUUUACUCUUUGUAAAAGUUGACAUUUUCUACAACAAAACACAGAAUUUUAAGACGAUGUUCGUAUAAAUAAGCCUUUCAAUGUUCUCCAAAAAAUAAAAAAGUAUACAAAUUUGUGUUCCGUA